GCGCCUGGGCGCCAUGUUAGGAGGCCGGAGGGGAAGAGGAAGAAUUAGAAGCGGCGGCGAGAACAACAACAACGGGAGCAGCGGCGGCGGCCGGCCUCUUCUCCAGGCCUAAGCAGCCUCUCUAUAUUCCCGCUUGGACCAGGCCCGUAUCAUGUUCACGACGCCCGCUUUCCAGAGGCGGGAAAAGUGACUGUCCCGGGAAGAGGUGGCGGCCUUUCACCCACAGCCGGAAAGACGAUGCCGUUCCCAGUUACAACCCAGGGAUCACAGCAAGCGCAGCAGCCACAGAAGCAUUAUGGCAUUACCUCACCCAUCAGUUUAGCUGCCCCAAAGGAGAAUGACUGUAUACUUACUCAGAAAUUAAUUGAAACCCUAAAACCCUUUGGCGUCUUUGAGGAGGAAGAGGAACUGCAACGCAGAAUUCUAAUUUUGGGGAAACUAAAUAACCUUGUAAAGGAGUGGAUACGAGAAAUCAGCGAAAUUAAGAAUCUUCCACAGUCUGUAAUAGAGAAUGUUGGAGGGAAAAUUUUUACUUUUGGCUCAUACAGAUUAGGUGUACACACAAAAGGUGCAGAUAUUGAUGCGUUAUGUGUAGCACCAAGGCAUGUUGACAGAAGUGAUUUUUUCACCUCAUUUUAUGAAAAACUGAAGCUGCAGGAAGAAGUAAAAGAUUUACGGGCUGUUGAAGAAGCAUUUGUUCCUGUUAUCAAGCUGUGCUUUGAUGGAAUAGAGAUAGAUAUCUUGUUUGCCCGGUUAGCACUGCAGACUAUUCCUGAAGAUCUGGACCUUCGAGAUGAUAGUCUACUAAAAAAUUUAGACAUUAGAUGCAUACGAAGUCUUAAUGGUUGCAGGGUAACUGAUGAAAUUCUCCAUCUAGUACCAAACAUUGACAAUUUCAGGUUAACACUGAGAGCUAUCAAACUGUGGGCCAAACGGCACAACAUCUAUUCCAAUAUAUUAGGUUUCCUUGGUGGAGUUUCCUGGGCUAUGCUAGUAGCAAGAACAUGCCAGCUUUAUCCAAAUGCAAUAGCAUCAACUCUUGUACAUAAAUUUUUCUUGGUAUUUUCUAAAUGGGAAUGGCCAAAUCCAGUGCUAUUGAAACAGCCAGAAGAAUGCAAUCUUAAUUUGCCUGUAUGGGACCCAAGGGUAAACCCCAGUGAUAGGUACCAUCUUAUGCCUAUAAUUACACCAGCAUACCCCCAGCAGAACUCCACCUACAAUGUGUCCGUUUCAACACGUAUGGUCAUGGUUGAAGAAUUUAAACAAGGUCUUGCUAUCACAGAUGAAAUUUUGCUGAGUAAGGCAGAGUGGUCCAAACUUUUUGAAGCUCCAAACUUCUUUCAAAAAUACAAGCAUUAUAUUGUACUUCUAGCAAGUGCACCAACAGAAAAACAACGACUAGAAUGGGUUGGCUUGGUGGAGUCAAAAAUCCGUAUAUUGGUUGGAAGUUUGGAAAAGAAUGAAUUCAUUACACUGGCUCAUGUAAACCCUCAGUCAUUCCCAGCACCCAAAGAAAAUCCUGACAAGGAAGAAUUUCGGACAAUGUGGGUGAUUGGGCUAGUGUUUAAGAAAACUGAGAACUCUGAAAAUCUGAGUGUUGAUCUUACAUACGACAUCCAGUCUUUUACUGACACUGUUUAUAGGCAAGCAAUAAACAGCAAGAUGUUUGAGAUGGAUAUGAAAAUUGCUGCAAUGCAUGUUAAAAGGAGGCAACUUCAUCAGCUGCUACCCAGUCAUGUGCUUCAGAAGAAGAAAAAGCAUUCAACAGAAGGGGUCAGGUUGACAGCACUGAAUGACAGCAGUCUAGACUUAUCCAUGGAUAGUGAUAACAGCACAUCUGUGCCUUCACCUACCAGUGCUAUGAAGACAAGUCCAUUAAACAGUUCUGGGAGCUCUCAGGGCAGAACUAGUCCUGCUCCAGCUGUGACGGCAGCUUCUGUGACCAACAUACAGGCUUCUGAAGUCACUGUGCCACAAACAAAUUCCAGUGAAAGCUCAGGGGGUACUUCAAGUGAAAGCAUUCCUCAAACUGCCACACAGCCAGCCAUCUCUCCACCACCAAAGCCUACCAUCUCUAGAGUAGUUCCUUCAACCCGUGUUGUCAACCAACCACAGAGACCUUCAGGAAACACUGCAGCUAAAGUAACUAGCCCUGUAGUCGGUGUGAAGCGGACAUCAUCCCCUCAUAAAGAAGAGUCGCCCAAAAAAAUAAAAACUGAAGAGGAAGAAAUAAACGAAGAUGCUAGUUGUCUUGAUGUGAGUGAUCAUGAGAAGAUGGAAACUAAGGAACUACUUGACACAGAAUCAGAUAUGGCUUCUCAACCAGAAACGCUUCCAACAACAGUAUCUCUGCAAGCUCCUCAGAAAAUGCCCAGUACAGACCUUUCUGAUAUCCCUGCUCUCCCUGCAAAUCCUAUUCCAGUUAUCAAAAAUUCAAUAAAACUAAGAUUGAAUCGAUAAAACCAACCUCAGGGGUCCAUAAACAGUAUCUGCCAAUUCAACCUGUUGUCUUCUAAUACUGAAACCGAGGACAGAGGGUGCAAGACAAGAAUGUGAACACAGAUGGAUUUAGGUAUAUAUUGUGCACUUCCCUUGCUGGGCUGUAAUCACUUGAUCUGGAGGUCCAGGUUAAUAUAUGAAGCCAGGUGUACUAUUAAUGUGUUAGCAACAGUUACAUUUAAUACUUCAGAGGAUUACUGCCUUUAAAAAGAGUGGGAAUACUAUUUCUAGCCAUAUUUGACUUACUGAUUGGAUUUAUGUUGAUGCAUUGUUUGGAAGAGGAACAACUAGAGCUAAAACUGGCAAAAGAAUCCCUUAAAUGCACUUUUAUGUACUUUUUUAUUGGACUAUGACUAAUUUUAGCGCUUCAGCUUGAAAGAUUUUAUUUUUAUUGAAGAAAUUCUUCAAUAUCUGUGACCUUCAAAUUGGAGAAGGGCCUGAUAUAUUGUGUACUGAAAGUAAAAGUAUGCACUAUAUCUAGCGCAGUUAACAUUAAGCUGCAGUAAACCCUUAAAAGAAAAUGUCAAGGCUUGAGGUUGGAAGUUUGAGAAAAGAAGUAUUGGGUAUUUGAUGGGGCAUGAUUAAGAUGUGGUCUAUUUUUUAUUUGGAGGAUUAUUUUACAAUGCAUACAAAUUAGUUACCAAAAAUCAAAUAAUUGCCCCAGGACCUAAUCAAGCCUUCUCCUUAUUCCCAUCCUGUUCCUGUCAGCAUAUUACUUGGAGGGAAGUAAUACAGAUGCUUUUACUUUUAAGGUAUUUCUGUUUGUAUGUGCGGAAUAGGACUCAUGCCAAUUAAAUGCUGGUGUUUUUUUUAAAUGGGUCUUUAUAGUUACAUAAGAUCUAUAACUGUGGCCCGUUGGCACAAAUGACAUGUUUCCUCCCCAUUAAUGAAACAAUAAAUAAAUUGUGCCUGUGAAACAUAACCCUGUCUCAUGGCCUUUACAUCACUAAAAUAUGAGAGUUUUGUACACUCUGUGAGUCCUGUCUCCAUUACAAACAUCUCAGAUUUUAAAUAUAAAAUGCAGAUCUUGCUUGCCCUAGGAUUUUUAACAGUUUUAUUUUUAGAUAGUUCAUCUGAAAGUAGUCUCUCUGAUUAACUUUUUUUAAAAAAAAAAUCACAUUUCUAGCAGGCACUUACGAGAUCUGAUAAACUUUCCUUAUCCAGUUGUCUUUGUUUUGUUCUGUAGAGCUAUAAAAAUGAUUAGCAGCAACAUUGUGUAGAAGGGAUGGAAAUCUCUCAUGGCUAAGCAGCAGAAAAAGUGAGGAAUGCCAGUGACUGAUUAUCAGACAGAGAUAAACUAUAUGUGACUUUGAUUCAGUCAAAAUUACGUGGGAUGGUUAAGUUGCCCUUCCCAUAUUUUUUCUGAUCAGCAUGUUUAAUGACUUCUUUCCCUGCAUUGUGCUCAGUUCUCCUUCAUGUGCAUUUCCAUGUUGAGGUAAAAAUGACUCACUCUUCUCCUGUUCCCAAUAAGUUAAUUUUCCCAGACUCGGGAGAUUGUAGCUUAUUCCCUACCUCCCCAGCUGUGCAGUAACCAAGAUCUUUUAUUUUCUGCCAUUUUGUCUGCAAUGUCAAGUAUACAGAAUUCUUGCCCUUGCCCUAUACUGCCUGCUGUAACCCAACUUCCACCCCUUUUCAAAAUGCUCCCUCACUUUCCUCUCUCCUUUCCUCCCCUUUCCCCUUCCACACAAUCCAAAAGGUUUAACUAACAGUUGAAGUGUACAAGCUGUCUGUGUAUUUUGUGUAGCUAUGGAGUUUAGAUCGAACUUGCCAGGCUCAAAUUUAGUCUCGUUUUGUUUACACAUCAGGAAUUUUUUCCCCCCAUUUUAUUAAACGUUUCAUGUAUCUGCACCCAAGUUUUGCCAAGCUGGGAACUUGGACUCUUUUCUGUAUAGUGACUUUUUAAUUCUAGUUUUCAUAACCUGGAGAUCAGACUGUUGCUUUCGCAUGAUGUACGUAGGUGUCUCAUGACUGGAGUUGCUUUGUUUUAUAGUAUCUGUACUCCUUGUAUUUUUCAAGAGCUAUUUUGUAAACAGAUGAUGUAUUUCUCCAUGGAAAACAAUAAAAAAAACAGCACAAUCCCA